AUGAAUUCCACACGAAAGGAAGAAGAUGACUUGGAAGCCUGGUCCCACUUUCUCGUCAAAGCUUUUGAGGAAAAAUCACAGUGGAUUGACGUAUGCUGCGUCGUUAUAAUGGUCAUAAUUUUCUUUGUUUCCAUUAUUGGUAAUGUGCUUACUUGCUACGUGAUCUACUCAGUGAAAUCGAUGCACACAGCGACCAACUUCUAUCUCUUUGAUUUGGCAGUGUCCGAUUUAAUAGUGACGUUUUUUAUAAUAUUCGAUAUCUAUGACUAUUUAACUGACUUCUCCAACUUCGGGGAGAACAUGUGUAAACUGAAAUUUUUCUUUGCCGUGAUUUUGUGGAACAAUGGUAUUCUAGUGAUGACUAUUCUUGCGAUUGAGAGAUAUAUAGUGAUUUGGUACCCGAUGCUACUAAGUUCUUCUCCGGUUUGGAAGAGAGUGACUAAAGUGAUAACUAUCAUUUGGAUAGUGGCUAUAAUGGAAUCACUACCCGAGCUUUGGACGGUCGGUUUUAUAAAGACUAAAAAGGUGUCUAUCUGCUUUACUGUGCCAACAGAAAUAGCAAGAAAAAUCAGCGGUGUUCUGGCUCUAGUAACCUUCGUCUUUCCUCUCAUGAUUAUGAUAUUCGUUUACGCAAUGAUUGCUUUUAAAGUGAAUGAUAAUGAAAAAUCUAAUUCGAGUGGCAAAAUAUUCAAUCAUCGUGAUAACAGACGUAAAGUGAACAAAAUUAUUAUUUCAGUAGCACUGACGGCGUCAUUUCUGGUCUGUUGGUUUCCAUUUUUUGUGUAUCGCAUUAUAAUAUUUGCCUACGACAUAAGUCAAUUGAUGGAGUUUGAAUGGUGGUGGAGUACAGGAUUCAGAGUACUUUUAAUAAAUACUUGGCUCAGCGUUGUAUUGAAUCCCAUUCUCUUCAGCUUGAUGUCAACUAAGUUUCGUAAAGCUUUAAAGAUGUUGUGGACACGGAAGAUGCGUAAGCAGAAAACAAGCAUAAUAAGACUUUAAAAAUUAACGUCAUUGUAAAAGUAUACAAGGAAUACCAAUAGAAGAUUAGACAACGCUGUUUGUUCGUAGUAUAAAUAUUGC